AUGCGUUCUUCCAUCCUCCUCGUCGCUUUCUCGGCUCUCGCCGCUGCUCAGUCCUCCGUUGCUGUGCCCCAGGGUCAGCCCUCCGCUGCUGUCACCUCUUCCCCUGUCAUCCCCACUCAGGGCUCUUUGCCUGCUGGUGCUUCCAGCGCUCUUAUUGGAUCUAGCGGUGUUCCCUCUUCUUUCGCGAAGUCGGCCAGCGCCUCUGCUUCCACUUCCACCAAGACCUCCACCAAGACCUCCAGCUCCGACUCUUCCACCUCCACCAGCGACUCUUCCUCCAAGAGCGGCUCCAGCUCCAGCUCCAGCUCCUCUUCCGGCGCUGGUGUUCCUCUCGCCACUGCUGGCCCCGUCGGUCUUUCCGUCGUGGCUGGUGCUGCCCUUGCCGCUUUUCUUCUCGACCGGAUAUUCUGGAAUGCCGAGAUCGCCCCUUUCAUUUUAGAUCCAACCACUUGUAAGUCUGGAGCAUCUUGCGCCACCCUGAAAGAGACUAAUCAAGAUGUAAUUUCGAAACCAACCGUUAUAGAGGCUCUUAAACGGCCGCGUUUCCAACUUUGGCUAGCUUUUUUGCCCCUAGCUUUGGGAUCAAAACCGAUCCUGCGCUCUUCUUUUUCUCUGUUACUUUGUUGGGCCAGAUCCGCCAGUUGCCUUCAUCCAACAGAUAGGCUACAGUGGCAGUUCCCAUCUGUUAAUUAUGCUGCUCGAGUUUGCUGCUCUUUCUCGAUGCUCCACAGCUCAUUACAUUUCCUAAAACGCGCAGUUCAGACGCGAAUACACGUGACUGAUCCACGCGCGCUGUUUCCUUACCCGAUGUGGACUAGUGAACAGCGCUUCACCUCAUCAAAACAAAGAACAACAAGCGGCCGUCGGGGGCAACGGAUCGGGACCGAGCCAUCAUCAUCCACCUUGCUGCGAAUCAACUCUCGCCUUGCCCGGCUCUCACGGUCCACAAAGGGAUCCUCGUCUGUGUCACUCGCCUAG